AUGGCGUCCAGCAACCCUUUCGGCAAUGGUCCUGCCACGCCCGGCAGCAGUCGCUCCUACUCCGGCGAUCGGCGCGGUGUUGCCAGACCACAGUACAUGACUGUCGGCGGUGGGUCGCUGUCGGAGAGUGCGGGUCGAUUACAGGCGAUGCUGGACCAGGACUCUGGGUAUGGAGGGAGCAUAGCGAGCGAUGACGUGGCGGAGAAUGUGUGGCACCCUGGCCCAGCGGAAGACCGAUAUACGCCAGAUCACACCCCCGUGAAGCCAGGGGAGCACAAUGCGGCAUCAGAGCAUGAGCGGAGCGCCAUGGCGAGUCAUGUCGCGCAGCUCUUCUAUAACCAGAACAGGACGGCGUUGGGUCGCGCAAUCAACCAGACGGUGGAGACACUGCGAAAGCUGCAGGAGAUGAACGCCAAAUGGCCGGCGCAUUACCCUACCGUGCAAAGACCGCCAUCGCCACCGCCGCCGCAACGACCUGACAUCCGACCUGGACUACCUCACACGCAGUCUACGACUGACAAUCACCGGGAGCUUGAUCGGGCUCCGGCACGACCGCAACCACCCAGACGAGCAGGCACUUCACUUGGCGAGCAUCAAUCCGCGGAAUCGAGCAGCGCUGCCCAGGCAAAAGCACCCGAGGCUGCGCCGCGACUCGUCACGCCGCAGCUGGCGCAGGACUUUUCCGUGUUGAAGAUCGAGCUGAAGAUGGAUGGCUUGCCGCAGAGUGAGAUCGUGCAUUCGCUUGAAAAGCAAUCUGUGGCGUCAUUGCUCGACAACCAAAUCAACAACAGCAUCCGACAUCUCUUCUCAUUACGGGAGCGUAUCGAAGAUACGUCGAGUAAGGUCCUUGUUACCGGAGACCUCAACGCUGGCAAGUCGACCUUCUGCAAUGCUCUGCUGCGCCGGAAAGUCCUUCCUGAAGAUCAACAACCCUGCACUGCAAUCUUCUGCGAAGUCCUAGACGUCCGAGAGAACGGCGGCGUGGAAGAAGUACACGCGAUACCUCACGGCUUCGUUUACAGUAGGAACGAUGAAAGCACGUAUCACGUUUAUGAGCUCAAGCAGCUCGAGCAGAUCGUGAUCGACAGCGACCGUUACUCGCAAUGCAAGAUCUACAUCAAAGACAUUCGCACUGUCGACCAAUCUUUACUCAAUAAUGGCGUGGUCGACAUCGCACUUAUUGACGCUCCCGGACUGAACAACGACUCGCUGAAAACUACUGCAGUCUUCGCACGGCAGGAAGAGAUUGACGUUGUCGUGUUCGUUGUGUCAGCCGCGAACCACUUCACGCUGUCCGCCAAGGAAUUCAUCUUCAAUGCAGCGCGGGAGAAGGCGUACAUGUUCAUGGUUGUCAACGGCUACGACAAUAUUCGAGACAAGAAACGUUGUCAGGAGAUGAUCUUGAAGCAGAUUGCUCAUCUCAGCCCGGCAACGUUCAAGGAGUCCUCCGAGCUUGUGCAUUUCGUAUCAAGCAACGCCAUCCCCGUCAAACCUGCUGGGGCCGACGGACCGGGCGGUGAUUUUGGCGGUAGCGGCAGCGGAUCAGGUGGCGGCAAGGGCAAGGAGAAGGAAGCCAUUGAUGACUUCAACGAGCUAGAAGCGUCGCUUCGACGAUUCGUGCUCGAGAAGCGCGCUCGGUCAAAGCUCGCUCCAGCGAAGACUUACUUGCUGAAUGUACUCGGAGACUUGACAACGCUAGCGAGCGUCAACAAAGACGUAGCCCAGAACGAGCUGGAUCGUGUCACAGAACAGCUGAAGCAGCUCGAGCCGGUGUUCGAGAAGUCGAAAAAAGCGCGCACCGAAGCUGAUGACGAAGUGGCGCGCAACAUUGAAGAAACGUCGGGCGAAGUCUACUCGCUCACGCGCAAUACGCUUAACACCUCAAUCUCGCGUGUCGCAGAGAGCGAUCUUGGCGUAUCAUACCCGGGUAUGUUCAGCGCAUACGGCUAUGCCGAUGAGCUGAAAGCUGCAAUGCUGAACCAAGUCACCGAGACGGUCCACUGGUGCGAAGAACGAGCACGCGAGAAGACUGUCCAGGGUGUUUCCGCAAUCAAAAGCCUCGGUCUGCUGCAUCUGGGUGAUCGAUAUGUGGACCUCACGUUCCGUUCGGAUAGAAUGUUCAGAAGCCGCCGGGACGCACUUGCGAGACAAGUCGAUUUCGAAACCGAGGUUUGGGACUUCUUCGAUCUUGCAAAUCUGUGGGAGCGUCAGGAGAAGGUGGCCGGGACCAGCAUGGCCGUGACUGUUGCCGGCGUGAUUGGCGGCAGAAUGCUCGGUGGUGUAGGCUGGCUGGACGGCGCUCUCACCGCCACCAAGAUCGUUGGCACGAAUAACGCACGCCGACUCAUCGUACCAGGUCUCAUCCUUGCGGCUGGUCUCGGCGCCUUCUACGUCGUCUCUCAGAUCCCGAAGUCGCUGCCCCGGCGCCUGAGUGCCAAGCUCAGCGCACAGUUGGCGCAGCUUGACUACACACAUGCGAAUGCGCAGCGCAUCAGUGCGGAGGUGCGGAGAGCGCUGCAAUAUCCUGCCAACAAGUUGACGGAGGGUCUGCAGAAAAACAUGGAGAAGCUGCAGGAGCAGAAAAGGGAGACGGUUAAGGUGCAGACGGAGAGUGAGGUGGCGAGGAAGUACUUUGGCAACUUAAUGAGGGAGAGCCAAGAUGUUAGAGGGCGGGUGCAGAGGGUGGACCUUGAGGGCCCUGCACCUGGGAUGGCCGCGUUGGCAUGAGUGUAGUAUUGGCGUGACAUGCGGUAUGGCGUUACGGGAAAGGGGAACUACCUCAAGCAUGUGCAAGCGGGCAAGCGGGUGACGUGCUGCGAUUGCUUGGCUGUUAUUGAGAUACACCUCUCUCCAAUUUUAUGCCUCUCCUUCAUCUAUAGCAUCUCCGCAAUGUUUUAACCAUCUAUGUCCACUGAGAAUGGCCAGAUUGC